AGGCAGAGAGGGAAUUUUGACUUUCAGCUCUUACCUGAAUCUCUUGGCUUUGGAUUCUGGGAUGCUGUUUUGGCCAGAGAAGACUUUGCUGGGCAGGUGUUGGUUAAGCCUUGGCCCUCCUGUGAGCAGCCUGGGAACGCGUUCCAUGACCGUCCUGACUGCUGGUGUACCGGCAGCUGCCCCAGAGCAUGUGGGCCCAGCUUUCCUGCUGUCUGUGGCACCAUCACAAUGGAGGGUGUGGGGACAACCCUGGACAGGGCCUCACAGCCCCUCUGUGAGCUAAUGGAAUGGUGCGGGUGCCCUCAUGAAUGAGCUUACGCAGGCCCCCGAGAUGGCAAGGAACACCGGGGCUGGGCCAAGACCAGUCCCCGAGAAGCAUGGCUCCAGCAUUCUGACCCUGGGUCCCAGCCAUGUUGCUUCGUGAGAGCGACCCAGGCUCACCAUCGCCGCCCCCAUCAGAGGCAGGACCACACCCUGCCAGCAAGCGCAGACCCGUGAAGGUGUAGCUCACUUUGUGCCCUCAUACCUGGCUCUCAUAAUGCCCAUGUCCCUCUCCCCUGCUCUCCCCAGGCAUAAGUGCUGCACACCUCCAGGAUGGCAGUCCAGUUCCGUUCACUCUUCCCCUUGGCAUUGCCCGGAAUGCUGGCGCUCCUCGGCUGGUGGUUUUUCUCUCGUAAAAAACAGCAGGUCAGCAGCAGUGAAGAGCAGGCAGAGUCUGGUGCUGUGGCAUUAAGGGCUGGCCCCCCCACGAAGGAACUGGUCCCCGUGGAAGAGGCUUGUCACACAGUCGUGUCUACACUCCCGACGGUCACACAGCCACCAGGAAAGGACGAGCCCACUGCAGGCAAGCCUUCCAUGGAGCCCUCAGCCUUGCUGCGGACCCACCUGCCCCAUCGCAGGGCAGAGUCCUCAGGCAGCCUGCCUGACACCACUGAGGCGAGGUCCCGUGCAGGAACGUCCAAAGAAAACAGCGCAAAGACGGAACUGGCCGUGAUGGGUGACGAGGCCAAAUCUGCCCCUCUGGGGUGUCCCCUUGCGUUCCCCCAUGAAGCAGUGCAGGUGUGUAAGUGGGAGCCCACACGUGGUGGAAUGCCUGCCACAGAGAAGCGCGACCCUGGGGAGAAAGCACGAGAUGGGGAGACGGGUGGGGCCGAGGGGACCAGCAGUGCAGUGCUGGGGGAAGACAUGCUGGAGGAGGGUCUGCUGCCCCAGGAGCACGUCUUAGACCCGGAGAACGACAAGCCCUGCAGCCCGGCCCGCUCAGGAGGCAGGGAAGAGAAAGGGAGCGGUGGCCUGUCCCUGGUGGUCGGGGCAGUUGGGGCCCUGCCGAAAGGAGAGUGUGCAGUCAGGAAGCUGCUAAGUGGCGGUGUGGAGCCGGCUCCUACAGAGCUGGCAAGGGAGGAGGAGACACCAGCACCCCAGGUCACAGAUGGCAAAGCCAGGGAUAGAGGCCUGGUGGAGCUGGGCAGAGAGGACGCCUUGGAUGUCAAUAAGAAGAUUGAACAGGCUGCCUUCCAGAUCAUCUCCCAGGUGAUCUUAGAAGCCACUGAAGAGGUCCUGGCCACCACUGUGGGCAAGCCUGCGGGGCUGGUGGAUCAGGCCACGGCCAGUCAGCCGCAGGGGCAGCAAGAGGAGGAGAACUGUGCCCCGGUCAGCCAGGAAACUGUCCCGGGGCAAGAUGAUGUGGACCCCACUCCAGCCACAGCAGGGCAAGCCGCUAGCCCACUGAACACUGCCCUCCCCUCUCCAGGGCCGCUGGCAGAAGACCUGCCGCCACCAAAGACCUACGUGAGCUGCCUGAGCAGCCCCCUGUCCAGCCCCACCAAGGACAGGAAGCCAAAGAACUCCGCACACCCGAUCUCUCUUGCCCCCUGCCCACCACCGGACGCCCACCUCGGAGAUCCACUGGACGAGGCCAGCACCCUGGUAGAAGAUGCCACCUGUGUCACCUGCAUGUCGUCAGACAGCCAGAGUGUCCCUUCAGUGGCCUCCUCGGGGCGGUGCUCAGAUUCCGUCAGCACAUCAGGGUUCGAAGACUGUUGCACAGAGACCAACUCAAGCCCCAGGGACAAGGUCAUCACCCCACCGCUGCCAGACAGUACUGAGCCCUUCAGCAAUGGGGUGCUGAAGGGGGAAUUGUCAGACGUGGGGACUGAGGAUGGAUGGAGCGUGGAUGCGGAAGCUGAUCACUCAGGAGGUUCCGACGGGAACAGCAUGGACUCAGAGAGCUGCUGUGGUGGCAGGAAGACUGACAACCUCCAGAGCGCCCAGGCCGGUUCCAACCCCAAGAAGGUCGACCUCAUCAUCUGGGAAAUCGAGGUGCCGAAGCACUUAGUUGGCCGGCUAAUUGGCAAGCAGGGGCGCUAUGUGAGUUUCCUGAAGCAGACCUCUGGUGCCAAGAUCUACAUCUCAACCCUGCCUUACACCCAGAAUAUUCAGAUCUGCCAUAUAGAAGGUUCUCAACAUCACGUAGACAAAGCUCUGAACUUGAUUGGGAAGAAGUUUAAGGAACUGAACCUCACCAAUAUCUACGCUCCCCCGUUACCUUCAUUGGCACUGCCUUCUCUACCUAUGACAUCCUGGCUCAUGCUGCCUGAUGGCAUCACAGUGGAGGUGAUCGUGGUCAACCAGGUCAACGCCGGCCACCUGUUCGUGCAGCAGCACACACACCCUACCUUCCAUGCACUGCGCAGCCUGGACCAGCAGAUGUACCUCUGCUACUCUCAGCCUGGCAUCCCCACCUUGCCCACCCCGGUGGAGAUAACAGUCAUCUGUGCCGCCCCUGGUGUGGACGGAGCCUGGUGGCGAGCCCAGGUGGUGGCCUCCUAUGAGGAGACCAAUGAGGUGGAGAUUCGCUACGUGGACUACGGCGGAUAUAAGAGGGUGAAAGUGGAUGUGCUCCGGCAGAUCAGGUCUGACUUUGUGACCCUGCCAUUCCAGGGAGCAGAAGUCCUUCUGGACAGCGUGAUGCCCCUGUCAGAUGAUGACCACUUUUCACCGGAAGCAGACGCAGCUAUGAGUGAGAUGACAGGAAAUACAGCUCUGCUCGCCCAGGUGACGAGUUACAGUCCGACCGGCCUCCCUCUGAUUCAGCUGUGGAGUGUGGUUGGCGAUGAGGUGGUGUUGAUAAACCGGUUGCUGGUGGAGCGAGGCCUUGCACAGUGGGUGGACAGCUACUAUGCGAGCCUCUGACCCUGGCCCGGGGCUACUGCUUGAGUCUUUUUUUGCACUGUUGAGACUGGGCUUGGCACUCAAGGCAAAGCUACAACCUGAGAGUAACCGGUGUCAUCCUCUUGAGUCCGCUCUUCCCCAUCUGUAGUACCAUGGAGAACAUGAUUCCUUUCUGAAGAAAAGGGACUCAACUGUGGUUCUUUCCAAAGCCAUACGAGCCAACUGGCUUAACCGUGCUCUGAGUUUCUCCCAGGUUAUCCUAAUCCCCUCCACUCCCCACCUCUUCCGUCCACCCUCUCCCCCGCCAGCACGCUGCAGGCUGCAGCAGGCAAGCCGAGGUGUGUGGCCCGCCUGAGGGAGUUUCUUUUACUUCAGUCUUUCUUCAGGGAGCAGCCAUGAACUGACUAAUUGGUAUCGAUUCCCUAUACGGCUCACCUACAUGAUCUGAUGCAUUCAAGCGGUUUUUAUGCCCUUCCUCUGAGUCUCUGGGAACCCAGACUCUUUUUAAUGCAGAUGUAAAUAUGAAGUGAUUGUCAUACCUCUGGCCCCAGUCAGUGGGGAAGGGAACAGUGAUCUUGCCAAGCCUGGUUGUAAUUUAUAACCAUUUUCUACUUGUGCAAACUGUAAAUAUAUGUUUAAAAAUGUAAUAUUUUGUACAAGAUACACUGGAGAACAAAGGGAACUCAAGGUUUUUCCAUGCACUUCACCUGCAAGAAGUGAGUCCUGUCAUGCACACCUGCCCACCCUGGCUCCUCCUGCCCGGGAAGGAGCUUCCUGUGCACCCGACAGGGAAACCAGACGGGACAAGCGUCAUCUGGGGAGUCUUUGCUGUACACAUUUGUUAAAAAAAAAAAAAAAAAGUAACUCAUUGAAUUAA